AUUGUUGCAGCCCCAGACAGGGCGGCCCGUUACCAAGCACUGCACCGCGCAGGGUCUGACAACGACGCCAGCGACGAGCACUGACACACGGAAAACUGCCCAGCGUGACAACAACACGGACGCUCCUGAAAACAGUAGGGGAUGGCAGUGAAUGUGUACGCCACAUCUGUGUCCAUUGACAACCUCAGCCGACAUGACAUGCUGGCAUGGGUCAACGACUCCUUACAUCUCACCUACACCAAGAUCGAGCAGCUCUGUUCAGGAGCAGCCUAUUGCCAGUUCAUGGACAUGUUGUUUCCGGGGUGCAUCCUUCUGAAGAAGGUCAAAUUCCAAGCCAAGCUGGAGCAUGAAUUUAUACACAACUUCAAAGUCCUUCAGGCGGCUUUUAAACGGAUGAGUGUCGACAAAAUAAUUCCUGUUGAAAAGCUUGUAAAAGGGAAGUUCCAGGACAACUUUGAGUUCGUGCAGUGGUUCAAGAAGUUCUUCGACGCCAACUACGACGGGAAGGAGUACGACCCCUUACUAGCCAGGCAGGGCCAGGACGUGGCCCCUGCGCCCAACCCAGGUGAUCACUUUAUCCACAAACCAAAGAGAAACCCAGGACCACAGAGAACAUCCCCGACAGUGCCCAAAAACAUGCCCACACCACAGCGGGUCCAGCACAACACUCCGGCCAUGAGGAAGAACCCGUCUUUGUCUAGAAAUGGGGGCAGUGAUGCUGAGAUCAUGGAGCUGAAUCAACAGUUGAUGGAGUUGAAGCUGACCGUAGACGGACUAGAGAAGGAAAGAGACUUCUACUUCAGCAAACUACGGGACAUUGAGUUGAUCUGCCAGGAACACGAGAGUGAAAACAACCCCAUCCUAAGCAAGAUAAUCAACAUUCUGUACGCAACAGAGGAAGGCUUUGCGCCACCAGAAGACGAGGACCUCGACGAACAAGCUCACCUGGACCAGGAUGAAUACUGAGCCUCCAUCUUCCCCCCCUUCUCACUUCACUAUCCUCUCCUUCCUUUUUUUUCGCCUUCAUUCGUUUUCUACUCUCUCUCUCACUCUCUGUGCACGUUCUCCAUCAACCCUGCUCUCCAUCUUUCCUCGCUCCCAAU